ACGCGCUCUCGAAACUCUCCUUAUCUCUAUUGCACGGUGGAUCCAACGCGAUUUUAUCUGGCGAAACGAAAGUUUAGAAGCGCGCCAAAAAAAAGCGCGCGCAAAAACAAAAAAGCCAACACUAACGCAACUCCAAUAAGCAGGGAAUUUUGAGGAGCGAUUAGCUAUUAGCGAUAAACGAUAAUCUGGGAAACAAUAAUCAAGGACCGAUCAGCAGGACAAGCAAUCUGCUUAAAAUGCUGAAAAUGCCGCUGCAGUUGAACAGUCAAGAUGGCAUUUGGCCAUCCCGAUUUCGGCGACCCCUUCACCUCCGUCAGCAACGAAAGCAACAGCUACAACAACUGGCUUAUCAUCAUCGGGAGCAGCAGCUGAAACAAAAACAAGUGCUUCAAGGACGUUCGCCAGCAUUGCUGCCAGUGAUGCUCCUCCUACUGAUGUGCACGCUCCUCACGCGCCCAUUAGGCGCCUUCUCUAACCGAUUAUCGGACACGAAGCUGCAUGAGAUCUACCUGGAUGACAAGGAGAUCAAGCUGAGCUGGAUGGUGGACUGGUACAAGCAGGAGGUCCUAUUCCAUUUGCAGAAUGCCUUCAACGAACAGCACCGCUGGUUCUAUCUGGGAUUUUCGAAGCGCGGCGAAUUGGCAGAUGCGGAUAUUUGCUUUUUUGAGAAUCAGAAUGGAUUCUUUAAUGCCGUAACCGAUACGUACACCAGUCCGGAUGGAAAAUGGGUGAGGCGGGAUUAUCAACAGGAUUGCGAGGUCUUCAAGAUGGAUGAGUUUACAUUGGCCUUUAGGAGAAAGUUUGAUACCUGUGAUCCUUUAGAUCUGCGACUUCAUGAGGGCACAAUGUAUGUGGUUUGGGCACGCGGUGAAACCGAGCUGGCCUUGGAGGAUCACCAGUUUGCUUUGCCCAAUGUGACGGCACCGCAUGAGGCGGGUGUUAAGAUGCUCCAGCUGCUUCGAGCGGACAAGAUACUUAUACCGGAAACCGAGCUAGACCACAUGGAGAUCAAACUUCAAGAUGCACAGAUUCCCAAUCAGGAGACUACUUACUGGUGCCAUGUUCAGCGUCUAGAUGGCGAUCUCCGGCGACGGCAUCACAUUGUCCAAUUCGAACCACUCAUCCGUACACCUGGCAUCGUACAUCACAUGGAGGUCUUCCAUUGCGAGGCCGGCGAGCACGAAGAGAUUCCCCUGUACAAUGGCGACUGUGAAAAGAUGCCGCCCAAGGCCAAGGUCUGCUCCAAGGUGAUGGUGCUGUGGGCCAUGGGUGCCAGCACCUUUACUUAUCCUCCAGAGGCUGGUCUGCCCAUCGGUGGACCCGGAUUCAAUCCCUACGUCCGGCUGGAGGUUCAUUUCAAUAAUCCGGAGAAGCAGGCGGGUUUGGUGGACAAUUCGGGCUUUCGCAUCAAGAUGUCCAAGACACUACGUCAAUAUGAUGCCGCUGUAAUGGAACUAGGCCUGGAAUACACCGACAAGAUGGCCAUACCGCCGGGCCAGACCGCUUUCCCGCUAACCGGUUACUGUGUGGCCGAUUGCACAAGGGCAGCUCUCCCGGCCACGGGCAUCAUCAUAUUCGGAUCCCAGCUACAUACUCAUCUGCGUGGUGUGCGAGUCCUAACGCGGCACUUCCGCGGGGAACAGGAAUUGCGGGAGGUUAACCGCGAUGACUUCUACUCGAACCACUUCCAGGAGAUGCGCACCCUGCACUACAAGCCACGUGUCCUGCCGGGCGACGCCUUAGUGACUACUUGCUACUACAACACCAAGGAGGACAAGACCGCUGCCCUCGGGGGAUUCUCUAUCAGCGACGAGAUGUGCGUCAACUACAUCCACUACUAUCCGGCCACCAAACUGGAGGUCUGCAAGAGUUCAGUUUCCGAGGAGACGCUCGAGAAUUACUUCAUCUACAUGAAGCGUACGGAGCACCAGCAUGGCGUGCAUCUGAAUGGAGCCAGGUCAUCAAACUACCGGAGCAUCGAAUGGAGUCAGCCGAGGAUCGACCAGUUAUACACCAUGUACAUGCAGGAGCCGCUGAGCAUGCAGUGCAACAGGUCGGAUGGGUCCCGAUUCGAGGGCCGCGCCAGUUGGGAGGGUGUGGCAGCAACGCCAGUGCAAAUUCGCAUACCCAUCCAUCGGAAAUUGUGCCCUAACUACAAUCCACUGUGGCUGAAGCCACUGGAGAAGGGCGAAUGCGAUUUGCUUGGUGAGUGCAUCUAUUAGGCAUUAUGAUGCAUUAGGCAUUAAGCGAACAGGGCAUAAACGCAUUGGCUGACAUGGGGGCGUGGCAAAACACAGACACAUUAAAACCACGACAUUAGACGCCUGCAAACACACACACACACACACUCACUAGCACACUAAAUGGAUUUUAGGGGGUUUUUGAUUUUAAGACUCUUUUUUUACUUUCGUUUUUUCUAGUACAAAGUAGAGACACUUUGAUUAGGUUACGAAAAAGUUCUUAGGAGGCAAAUGUCUUUUUUUGUUUAAAAAUCUUAAGAAUUUAUUUUAAUUUAUUUAUAUUAAUUUACUGAUUUGCUGUAUAUAUAUUUUCGCGUUUAUUACAACGCCAUUAGCAUUAUUAUCGUGAUUUUGUGUGAGUGCGUUUGUAUGGGCUGAAGUGAAAGCAAUAUAAGGGCAACAGGCCAAAACAAAUGUUUUCACUCUUUAAAUAACUAAUGCAUUUACCAUCAUUUUUAUUCUUCUUGUUCUUGUUCUUCUUUUUGUUUUGUUUAUUACCUCCUUUUAUUUUUGCUUUUGCUUUUGUUUGGGCUCGUUUUCGUUUUCAUUUUCAUUUUCUUGUUUUCGUGCUUGUGUGCCCUUUGCCCUUGUUGUCUUGGCCAGCCUUUGAAAUUUUGCCGACUGACAGCGCCGCCAGGCUAAAACGUUUAACACAAAACCAGCUUACAAGGCAUGGCCCACACGAACACACAACAUCACACACACUUGCACAAACGCACACAAACAUGCCAUCACAUACUCGCACAAACGCACUGAACUUGGCUCAAACGAAAUUGUAGCAUACUUCUCAGCGCCAGCUGAAAAAUUAAAUGGCCAACUGACUGAAUGGAACGGAACGGACUUAAAUGGACAAAGUGGCCGGAACCAAGAAGGCCAAGAAAGUGGGAUGCUGUUACUCACUGUUUAUACAAUAUAAAUGAGCAAACUUUUGAUGCAACCCGACGUUGCCAAGUCUAAUUACCAAGAAGCUUCGAGAAAAACAAAACGGAAAAAAUGGCGAAAAAAUGAAAGUCAAAGAAAUUUUGUAUGGAAAAUGUAUUGAAAAGUUGGAGAGCACAAGGCGGGAUCAUGGGACAUUGUAGAUAGGCUACCGACAGCCAGGAGCUUACCACAUGCACCCAUGAAUUGUUUUAUUUUGUUCUCAAGGGAUACAUCCAUAAUUUCUUCUCCUAAUUUUUUCAUAAAAAUUACCCUUUAAAAUGCACCCGAACAAACACAUACAAACAAAUACAUACAUUUGAGUAAACAUGUAAUGGAUACGUUUAAGUGUAGCCAACAUACAUAUGUAAGAUGUGAUAAUUGUUCUAUGGCUAUAAAGAAAAAUAUAUAUACACAUGAAAUAUAUAAACUAUGUAGAUGAAAUAUUUAUAAAAAAACAAAAACGAAUCGAAAGCGAAACCAAAAAAAAAGUAAAACGUAUAAAUUAUCUAAUAAAAACUGACCACCAUACCAGAAACGAGAGUUCUUUAAUGAAAUACUUGAAAGAAACUAUAUGAAAAAAGUAAUAUCAUUAAUUUACUGACUGAAUCAAGAUUUACUUAUGGGCUUUAAAGUAAGAAGGUACUUUAAAUACAUAGCCAUUUAUUUAUAAAUUCAUUACCCCUUUUUAAAGUCGUAUUUUCUUGUUACAUAUGUCUUCUGCACAUUUUUUUGGAAUUGCGAAAAACCCUGAGUGUUUGAUAUUAUUCAAGGACUUAAACCGCUCAACGAUGGACUUUCAUUUUUUAUUGUCCCUAUUG